AUUAGAAGGAAUGGGUGUGGAGUGAACAUGGAGUCAGAUCGAGACCCAUGGUUGGGAAUGGACAAGUUGUAUCACGUCCUCAUGUGUUUCUCGCUCACAUUUCUCUUCUACGCCCUUGCUUCUCUCACCCCUUACCCAUACCGACGCUACGCUAUUUCCAUCGGAUCUGUGCUUUCUCUCCUCGCCGGCGCCGCCAAAGAGGCCGCUGAUCACCUCGGCUACUUCCGCUCUUCCGGAGCUUCCCUCAGGGACGCCCUUGCCGACAUCCUUGGCGUCUGCAUCGCUUCCUUCACUCUUUCUCUUUUCCGAUCCCCUCCUCCGCCUCCUCACCUCCGCGCUCUCUCCCUUGUUUGAUCUCACCGAUCAAUUUUCUCGUAUUCACUCACUCAUCCACCAUCGUUGCUUCAAUUACUCAAUAAUGUCUGAAUUGGAGAUGCCCUGUGAUGACUGAUGACAAUGGGGACAAAUCACCUUCUGAAGCUGCUGAUUGAAGUCUUUGCCUUGGCGUCAUCAUCUUCUUCAGGCAGCUUCACUGCAGUGUAGGUACCUGCCCCAGCUAAAGCUCCAAGUAUGGGAGCUACUAGAUAGACCCAUAUGGCUUUGUAGUUGUUUGCCGCCACAGCAGGACCUAGUGUUCUUACUGGGUUCAUUGAGCCCCCGGAUACUGGCCUGCAAUACAAGAUUAAGCAUAUUUAACCAAAUUCUACUGUUUUUUAGGGGCCAUUUUAGAUAACUCUAAUUUGUAUUGUAAUUUAUUUAAUUGAAAAUUAGCGGUUAAACAUUCUUUUCUAUCAAGGUGAGGCUGGGAAAAUUGUAAAAAUGCUAACAUGAAGCAAUGGAGUGAACUUUAAUCGACAUUGCACCCCAUAAGGAUAAGAAUAAGCCCAUAUAUUUUCUUUUCUGAAGUGGAAAAGUAAGGGGCGUAUUUACCCUAAAAUUAUAGUGGCUGAAAUUGACUUACACUUUAUUAAAAUGAUGAUAAUUAUAAUC